AUGAGCUCAUCACUUCACAAUUCAAUCGAGAGAGAGAGCAAGAAAAGAGAAAGAAAGAAAACAUCAAGAUUCUCUCGAUUAGUCAUAAAGGCAUCCCAUCCCAGUUACGGUUCCGAACCAUCAACCAUGGGCAAAAAAGAUCAUCGAGAUAGUAUUAACAGCAGCAACCGCGAUGACAAUUACGGUAACAACCAUCCCAACUUUGCUUCUGAUCAUGCCCCCAAAGACGAUAAUAUAAACAACACAACAACCGAUACCCAAGCGAGGAGACAACACCAACAACAACAACAAAAGAUGGGUAGUAUUCCUAAUAAUAAUAUUCUGAUUGAACAAUCUUCCUCCCCUCCUCCUCCUUCUCUUUCAACACUCGACAACAACAACAAUAGUACAACUCCUUUUCUUCUUCAUAAUGAUGAUGAUGGUGAUGGAGGUAAUAUGGAAGAUCGGUCAAUAGCAGAUUUAAAAGAUAGUACUGAAAGUAGUUCAAGCAGCAGCAGUGGUACUGAUACGAGUAGUAGUUCAAGUAAUAGUAUUAGAUGUAGUGUAGAUGAUAAAAAGGCAGAGGAGGAAGAGCAACACAAUGAAGAUAGUAAUAGUAAUGCAACGACACAGAUCAUAUUAUCACACAACCACAAGAGUUUAUUGAAUCUGCCAAUCCCUGUAACUACAUCAAUGGCCAAUCUCAUUUUAGAAUCUAAAGCAACUGCAGCAGCCGCUACAACUACUAUCGUACCAACUACUAUACAACUUCAUCAUCAAAGGAAUGAUAAUAAUAAUAAUCAGAAUAAUAAUAAUCAGAAUGAGUUGAUACAUAGUAGCAGUUUUAAAAAUGAAUCGCCAUAUAUUAUUUCGAGUACUGUAAACUCAUCGAUUGCUUCGUCACCUUUUGUUUUCUCAUCACCUAAUCUGCCUCCGCCAUCUGUACCAUGUUCACCUGCCAAGUUGACUACUCAAGAAAGAGACUUUCUCAAUGCAAUGGAUACAACUAUAGAUGAUAAAGAAUUGACUGUCAUUUAUCAUCAACAACAUCAACAAAAUGAUGAAUCAUCUUCAUCAUCGACAACAACAACAACAACAACAAACACUAGUAAUCAACAACCAUUAAAAUCACCAAUCAUAGUCAAACAAGAGAAAGAUACUAAUCAACAUAAUAGUAAUAAUAAUCACAAAAAUACAUCAAGAAAUAGAUCGGCAAGUCAUGGAGGAGGUAGGACGACUCCAAGUCAUAGUUUUAAUAUUAAUAAUAAUAACAAUAAUAAUAGCCGAACAAAGAUUGAAAAGAUAUCAAGGGAAACAUCACCAAUACCAUUUAUUAUUCCAGCAGAUGUAAUGCAAGAUACUACUACUUCUACUACUGCAACAUUACAAGGUUCGUCCAACCCUGCAUCAUCAUCAUCGACGACUAGUACGUCAACUACAACGACUAGUACAUCAUCAUCUUCGUCAUCAUCAUCUUCAACUACAACAAAGGAAUGGUCAUUUAUAUCAUAUUUAAAAGAUGAAGUAUAUGGAGAUUAUAUGCCAACCAAUGCAGAUGAUACACAAAAGAGAGAACAAGUUUAUAACUUUGUACAUGUUCCAUGGGAGUUGGAAAAGUUGGUUCUAUUUGGUUUCCUCAUUUGCUUUGAAAACUUUUUAUAUUUAUUUACAUUCUUACCCAUUAGAAUAUGUAUAUCUUUCUUUAAAUUAUUAUCAAAACCAUUUACUAAAAAAUAUGUUCUAACACCAACACAAGUUUAUGAUUUAUUUAGAACAUUGAUUUGGUGUGUAUCAUUUGUAUUUAUCAAUUUUGUGGAUUCAUCGGUCGUGUAUCAUCAUAUUAGGGGACAGGCAGUCAUCAAGUUAUACAUUAUAUUCAAUGUGUUGGAGGUAUUGGAUAAAUUGUGUUGUUCGUUUGGUCAGGAUAUUUUCGAUUCUUUGUAUUGGAUGUCUGUUAGUUUAUCAAGUGGUAGUGGACAGACAACAACGACUGCAUCAACUCCACCAGGAACUGGAAUGUCUAGACGUGCAUUGGUGGUAGAUAAUAGUCGUCGUAUCUUUGCGCCAUUCACUCAUAUGCUAGUAUGCACCAUCUAUGUAUGUGUACACAGUCUUGUACUGUUUACACAGGUUAUUACACUCAACGUAGCUAUCAAUUCCUACAACAAUGCAUUGUUGACGUUAAUCAUGUCCAACAACUUUGUCGAGCUUAAAGGAUCGGUAUUUAAACGUUUUGAAAAAGAGAAUCUCUUUCAAAUAUCAUGUGCAGAUAUUGUUGAACGUUUCCAGAUCUUUAUCUACCUUACUAUUAUCACAUUCCAGAAUCUGUCAGAUACCGAUUGGGACUUGUCGACCGAGUUUGCUAUUGAAAUGACUUUGGUCAUCUUGUGUAUGCGCGCAACAAGAGCUUCACAGAGAGCACGUGGAGCAUCACCAGCACGAUUGGCUUUGUUCCGUUCCCACUGGCCACUAUCGUUGCCCGCUUCUUUUACCCCUUCAUCCCCAUGUCUGGCGGUAGCACCUUGUUUAGUCUUAUCAUUCUCUCGCAAAUAUAUCUAUGUUUGGUCAUGCUCAAAAUACUCCUCAAACUCUUCAUCCUUGGCAUUUGUCUAA